GUUUACAUUGGUCAAGUUACUUGAUUCAAGUUUACUUGAAUCAAGUAACUUGAACGUCACUUGAACCGUGUAAACACUUCUGCAAGUGAUUUUUUCCUCAUUCAAGUAGUGCUUGACCCCUAGAUUCAAGUGUCAAGUAAAAGUUGAACAUGUUUGAUUUUUGGAGUCAAGUUGGCUGCACUUGAAACAAGUAGGAAGGUCUCUUGACCAGUGUAAACACACAUUCAAGCUCACUUGCUUCAAGGAUUAACCUAAAAAUCUAGUGUCACAUUGAGUGGUGUUGUUUUGUUGUUGUUUAUGUUAAAAGCAUCUUUAUUUAAAAAUGAGUUCAAAAAGUGUUAAGUGGACAAGCGAUCAAAUUAUUGAAUUCCUGGAGGUGUAUGAAAACUAUCCUGUACUGUGGAACUCGGGUUUGAGUGAAUAUAAAAAUAAGAAUUUAAGAGAUGCCGGAUUUAAAGGUUUGGUAGACAAAUUGAAAACCAAUUUUCCCGACAUCACCUUGGAUGUGGUAAGAGCCAAAAUAAAAGUAAUCAAAACCAUUGUCAGUCAAGAAUGCAUAAAAAUUGCGAAAUCCAAAAAAUCAGGUUCAGCUGCUGAUGAACUGUACGAACCUAAACUUAGUUGGUUCCAUGCAGCAAAGUUUUUAAUGGGUUGUUCGUCCAGCAGACCUUCUACUUCAACUCUGGAUAAGGAAAUCCAAAUUCUGCCUACACUGACUGACGCAUCUGAGACUGACGAUAUAGAGGAUGUGGAUUCUCCAAGUUCUCCAAUUGUUCAACCACAACCAAAAAAAACUAAAUCUCAAACACCUGGAAUGCAGCCUCCACGCUCCAAAAAGCAAAAAAUAUCCGAAAUACAUGCUGUUGAACACAUAGUUGAUAAACUACAUGCAAUAUCACAAAACGUUAAACCAGCUGGCAAAAAUGGUUCUGUGAGACACACUAGUGAUGAACUGUCUCAUUUUGGAGAGUACGUUUCAGCACAAUUGGGGCAAUUAAACCCAAUUGAUUCUCUUAAUGCUCAAAAAGCUAUCCAAGACAUUCUUAUAGCUGCAAGAAUCAAAUCAUUGAAUCGAAACAUGCAAAUUCACAGAUAUUCUUCACUAUCACCAACCAUAGCUACCUCUGUAUCUGGAUCUGACAGAACUGAUGUGGAAGAUAUUCAUUACCAAGACAAUUCAAACGACUUACUUUCUCCUGCUUUGCAAACCAGUUUCUUACUAGAAACCGACAAAGAACAAAAUGAUUCCGACAAUUUUCUGGUCUUUCAAGAAAUUGUUGUUGACAAGAACAAUUGUAAUUAUGAAAUUAUUUAAAAAUUAAUUGACAUCCUACUUGUAACAGUAAACAUAAUUAUAAAAUAUAAUGUGUUUUUUGUUUACCUUAAUAUAUUCUUCGAGUACUUCGUAAACCGCUGCCAAAACUUCAGGUAGGAAUUUGCUGAUUGAACUUUUUGGCACUCUGUAUAGAUACUGCAAAGAAGCGAAACUGUCACCAGUAGCUAAAUACCUUAAGGUUAUUUCAAGUUUAGUUUUUGCCGGUAUUGCUAGCCUGAACAUUGUAUCCUUUUUUUUAAUCUUCUUUUCAACCAAAGUCAAAAGUUCAUCAAACCUUUGUGGUGUCAUUCU